GGAAGGGGCGGGGCGGAGCCUCCGAGGUCCCGCGUCAAAGCCGGGCGGGCCCCGGCUCCGCACUUUCUAUUCCGCUGCAGCCGUUUCAGCCGAGAAACCGCGGUGAAAAGGCCCCCUCAACAGAUGGGGGAGACGUUCUCCCAGCUGGGCGCUCAGGAGGAUGAAAACACCGCGAUCCUACCCCCUGACUCAUCCAGCCAUGGUGGCAGCAGGGUUUUUUCUGCCCCUUGCGAAAGGGCUGCUGGUGCCAGCUACGUGACCUGUCCCACCUGCCAGGGCAAUAAGGAGAUCCCUCGAGAACUAGAGAGGCAGCUGGUGGCCCUCAUCCCCUAUGGGGACCAGAGGCUGAAGCCCAGGCACACGGAGCUCUCCGUGUGCCUGGCAGUGCUCGUCUGCCUGGUGACCACCUCCCUCACCAUCUUUUUCCUGUUUCCCCGGUCCAUCGACACGCAGCCUGCAGGCCUCAACUCCUCCUCCACUGUGACCUUGGACGAGGCUGUCUACAUCAACAUAACGAGCAUCUUGAACAUCUCCAAUAGCAACUACUACCCCAUCAGGGUGACGCAGCUAACCAUUGAGGUUCUGCACCUGUCCGUCGUGGUGGGGCAGGUGUCCACCAGCCUCCUCCUCGACAUCGGCCCUUUGGCCAGCAAACAGAUGUUUUAUGCAGUUGCCAAUAAGAUCUGGGAUGAAAACACAGUCAAAAUCUGCAGCUGGCUGAAAAUCAAAGUCCACCAUGUGCUUCUGCACAUCCAGGGCACUCUGACCUACAUCUGCCUGAGCCAUUCCGAGCAGAAGGUCUUCCAGAGCUAUGAGUACGUGGACUGCCGGGAAAACACAUCAGCGCCUCACUUGCUGGUCCCUCACCUGCCGUGACCUGUCUGCUGUCCCCAAACUCUAGACACCUGCCAGCCUGGUCUGCAUCUCUCACAACUCCGUGCUGCCCGAGGAGGGACUGUGGUGACUUGGCCAAAGGAGAGGCACUGCUUCAUCAUACCUUCCUCGACCCCCACACACAGGACGCGCUCUGGUUUCCACCGGCACAGAAGCCGCUUCUCCUAGGGCUGCCCCAGGCCUUGCCCUGGGUCUGGCUUGAGGGAAGGCCACACUUCCUACGGCGGCCCCAGGCCUUGGAGGUGCCUUAGCGUCCCUGGCGUGGCCCCUACCCUUGCUGUUCUGAGCACCCAGCUCCUCAGAUCUGGCCUUCCUCCUGCCUGGAUGUGAGAAAGCGUUUUCUCUAGCUCUACAGACAUGAGUUCUGUUCCGGUUCUCCACCCGGUGAUGGGAAGUGACUCAGGGGCGUGCAGCGCCAUCUCCACAGUCUUUUACAGAACACGGGUGCUCGCCGGGGCCUCCCCGCUUCGUUGUGUGACAGAGUGACGGUGAUGAUCGGCUUCUCUCCUGGGAACGUGCCCCCUGCCCAUCUGACAGCUGGAUCAGCCGAGGCUCCACAUCCUUCCCGGUUACAGACUGCCCUGGUUCCUGGGAAGACAGCUCAAGCUUCUCCUCCAUGAAACAGUUUAUUCUCUUCGCAGCAGAAGCAACUUUAUAAAAUGGCAUGCACAGGAGGGGAGGGAGGCACCUGGCACCCAUUGGGGAAAAACAGCAACAGACAAAGCCAGAGUCAUUUUAACAAGACAUUUAUUUAUUUAUUGAAGGAGAGCUUCUGAUGGGGCGGGAGCCCAUAACCUGAGCCUGGGCGAGUAGACAUAGGCAGGCCGCGCUGCUGGGCUCGGCCGCCCCGGGCCCACCCUCCCAGAGGCCUCUGCUUUCCUCUGGGCAUGGACGGUACAGACAGCACAGCAGCAGGGACAGGUCUUUGCUGUCACUCAGAUGACGCUAAGCCCUGGGUCCUCCAGGUCCCUCUGGGCUCCGAGUGGAGGCGGUUUCUGAGCAGAAAUGGCAUUUGCUCGCUAAAGGUGACUACGAUUUUUAUCAGGCAGGCAGGCAGGCAGAGAGAGGAGCCUGGGUGGUGGGGAAAGCUGAACUGGAAGGAGGAUGGGUGGAGAGGGGGACUGGUGAGUGGUGGGCUGGGGAACAAGAGGAAGGACAGAGUUGCGCCGUCUCCACGUUUUCAGUCUGGGUAACUGGGUCCAAGCGGCGCUGGCAAGAGUGAGGGGUCCAGGAAGGCCAGGCUAGGGCUGCUUCUGUGUAUAGGUUGCCAAGUGUAAAGGAUUUAUAUGACAGUCAAUAAACUACACUUAAUGUUUAAA